AUGACAGCAGUUGGCGGUAUCCGUUACAUAGAUAGUAGUCCAGAAUCCAGUAUCGGUCAAGAUGAUGUCACCCCUAACUCGCUCAGUGUCAACUUUUCGAUCAUAUCACCUAACUACAAUAAAUCAUCCUUCCCCGCAUACGACGAGGAACUUGCCAAAGUUGAAGUCAUCAUCCAAGCGGUCAUCAUCAUGACAACUGUUCUGGGCAACAGUGUCGUCUUGUGGACGUUAUUUGAACAAAGAAAGAAACUAACUCGCAUGCAUCUGUUCAUAUUACACCUGGCGCUCGCCGAUUUGUUUGUCGCCUUUUUCAAUACUCUGCCUAUGAUGGUCUGGGAUAUCACACACGUUUUUCUCGGAGGAGAUGCACUCUGUCGGAUGGUCACCUAUUUACAGAGCGUAGCUAUUUAUGCGUCAAGUUAUGUGCUUUUGGCCACAGCGGUGGACCGCUAUUUCGCCAUUUGCCAUCCGUUGUCCAGUCAUAAGUGGAGCAACAAAAGAGUUCACAUCAUGGUGGUCAUUGCGUGGUUCUUCUCAUUCCUAUUUAGUCUACCUCAGGUGGUCAUCUGGGGCCGACGCUUGGACAAAGGCAUUUAUAACUGUCUAGCCAGAUUCGAACCGCAAUGGACCCUGCAGUUCUAUAUUACUUGGUUGACGGUUGUUAUUUAUAUCCUACCUACACUGGCUCUUACCCUUUUCUACGGUAUGAUUUGCUACGUGGUCUGGAAACGAGGUCGUCCAACUACAAAUGGGUUCGCAUCGAACACCCGUUUCCGAAAUCGGACAUUCCUCAGCAACAGGAUAUCAACGCGGGCGGGUCAGAAUCAGCUGAACCGAGGUUUCUCUGAAGACGACGUUCAAGGACAAGGCGUCAAUUAUAACCGGGGUUUAUCCCGGGCUAAGAUUCGAUCCGUGGCCCUCACCCUAACGGUUGUUGUAUGUUACUUCGUUUGCUGGUCGCCAUUCUUUAUUUGUCAAAUGUGGGCAGCAUGGGACGAAUCGGCUCCUUUUACAGGGGCUCCUGGAACUCUCUCUCUCUCUCUCUCUCCCUCUCUCUCUCUCUCUCUCUGGCCUCUUGUUGACUUCAAUGUUCACUUCUAUAUUUAUAUUUACAUACGCUCCUCUCUCUCUCUCUCUCUCUCUCUCUCUCUCUAUCUAUCUAUCUAUCUAUCUAUCUAUCUCUCUCUCUCUGAUAUUGAGCACUUUAUCCCAUAA